CCAAUACAGGAGUAAAUGCCCGCCAUCUCCAUCUGAGAGUGGAGACGGAGAACUUGGAGCAACUCUAGCUCGCUCUACGAAUUUCGAAUGGCGGCCCACUCCUCAACUUCCAAUAACGACCGAGCUUUGAGAACUGCAACUUCUAAUCAGUUCUUUGCAUGGAGGGAAUUUAUAUGGGGAGCUAUUGCUGGAGCAUUUGGAGAAGGAAUGAUGCACCCUAUUGAUACCAUAAAGACUCGGAUUCAAAGCCAGGCUAUUCUAUAUGGAAGUCAAAAUCAAAAGGGCCUGUUGCAGAUGGUCCAAUCAGUAUGGAAAAUUGACGGAUUUAGGGGCUUUUAUAGGGGUAUAGCUCCUGGAGUUACUGGCUCACUUGCCACUGGAGCUACAUACUUUGGUGUCAUUGAGUCCAGCAAGAAAUGGAUUGAAGAAACACAUCCUAGCCUUGGCGGUCAUUGGGCUCAUUUCAUUGCUGGAGCAGUUGGUGAUACACUGGGUUCAUUUGUAUAUGUUCCAUGUGAAGUUAUGAAGCAACGGAUGCAAGUUCAAGGCACAAGGUCAUCUUGGAGCUCCCUUCCCAUGAAGGAUAAUAUCUCUAUGAAGCAUGGUGGGCAAAUGUAUGGCUAUUAUUCAGGGAUGUUCCAGGCUGGUCGUUCAAUCUUGAAGCAACAAGGACUAAGAGGAUUGUAUGCAGGAUAUUGGUCUACACUUGCCAGGGAUGUGCCGUUUGCUGGUCUAAUGGUCAUGUUUUAUGAGGCGCUAAAAGAUUUGACCGAGCAUGGGAAGCAAAGAUGGAUGCCUAAUUCAGAUGUUAAUAGCUCCUUGGAAGGACUUGUGUUGGGGGGAUUAGCUGGUGGUCUCAGUGCUUAUCUGACCACUCCCUUGGAUGUGAUCAAAACAAGAAUGCAAGUUCAGGGAUCAAAUUUCAGGUAUAACAGCUGGUUAGAUGCAGUGAGAACUAUAUGGGGGAGUGAAGGAACAAAGGGGAUGUUUAGGGGUAGCAUACCCAGAAUCACAUGGUACAUUCCAGCUUCUGCUCUAACUUUUAUGGCUGUAGAAUUUCUGAGAGACCAUUUCAAUGAAAGAUUGGACGAUGAAUCCAAAAAAGAAGCUACUAGCUUAUCAGCUGACAGAAAAGGAACUUUGGGAGAAGUAGCAUAAGCAGCUCGAGACUGAAUCGAAUUUCUAUCCAUCGGCAGAGACAUCGACUCGUGUCGAAUUUUGCAUAUAAACAUUGUAAGUUGUAUUUGCAGUACCAAUUAAUCAAAAGGAUCAUUAGUUGAUGGGAUAAACAAAUGAACUCCAUGACUUGAGGAGGAGGGAGGGGUCUAUAUUUUAUGAGAGACCCACAACAAUGUAGUCUUCAAAAUCAAAAGAGAUGAAUAGAUAGACAAUAUUUGGUUUCCUCUUAA